AUGUUCUUCUUUGGCCUUGGGGGCUUGUUCUAUGUCACGAUAUUGUUGAUCAAUGCGAUAGCCAUCCUCUCCGAAGACCGCUUCCUCGCCAGAAUCGGCUGGGGAUCCACACAACAAGAGCCAGCAUUCGGCGGCCCUGCAGACAACACCAGCGUCAAGUCAAAAGUCAUCAACCUGAUCGCUUCAGUCCGCACCCUCAUGAGGAUACCGUUAAUCGCCCUGAACACAAUCAUCAUCAUCUACGAACUCAUACUGGGUUGA